GAAAACGUUUUCAUUUAUAGACUGAUAUCGACAUCUAGCGUACAACAUACCGAUCUUGCAACACAUUGGUUAUCUGCGUUCUACAUAACCGCGUUUAGUGGCACAAAUAAUAGGUAGAUUAUCUAUGGAAAAUACAUCCAUGGUUUUAUGUGUGGCAUGCGCAUAAGUCGAUAUGUGCAGGUCAGGUUCUCUUCUAUGUCACUGCGCAUCUGGUGGGUCUGUGUGUUUUUACGGCAGCUAGUCGCGUUUGAGGGUAGCCUGCUGCGGUCUGGGGAUGGCGGAAUCAGAAGGUAGUGCUGGUGUUCAGUUCUUCGAGGGUGUGGAAAAACUUUUGGAAAUCUGGUUCACCAGAACUGAUGGAAAUACUAAACAGUGUGAUCUACGGAACAUACCAAGACAAAAACUGGAGAGUCUUUUGAAAAUUGUUCGCUGUGAAGUCAUCAGCUUUGUAUGCAAUGAUCAAGUAGAUGCAUAUGUGCUCAGUGAGAGCAGUAUGUUUGUGGCUCGUCAUCGUUUCAUCUUGAAAACAUGUGGCACCACGACUCCACUUCAGUGCCUGAAGCCUCUCAUGUUGUUGGUGGAACAAUAUGCUGGAUUUGAUGAAGUGGAGGAUGUAUUUUAUUCUCGUAAGAACUUCAAAAGACCUGAUCUUCAGAUGAGUCCACAUCAAGCUUUUGAACAAGAAGUUGCUUUGCUGGACACUUUUUUUAAAGAUGGUGCUGCUUACUGUUUGGGCACUGUAAAUCAUGACUGUUGGUACCUCUACACUCUGAACCCACUGGAAGGAGAAAACAACAAGCAGCCGUAUCAGGAGCCUGACCAGACACUGGAAAUACUAAUGUCAGAUCUGGAUCUGGAAGUGAUGAGCAUUUUUACGCGGGAAGAGUCAUCUUCGGCUGCAGAGGCUACCCAGAAAUCUGGGAUUGAGAAGCUGAUCCCAAAUAUGAAGAUUGACGAUUUUCUGUUUGAGCCCUGUGGUUACUCCAUGAAUGGUAUCUCUAAGAAUGGCUGCUACAUGACUAUUCACAUCACUCCGGAGCCGGACUUCUCUUACGUCAGCUUUGAGAGCAAUGUGCCACAAGCUUCAUACAAAGAUGUGAUCUCACGGGUAUUAGAGACUUUUCAUCCUGGAAAAUUUGUUCUUACAGUAUUUGCAAAUAAGACAUCUCCUGCUGCAGAAUUCCCUCGGGAAUUAGAGAAGACACCUGCUUUUGGAGAUUGGCUGCGUCAUGAUAUCCAGUACUGUCGCUUCAAGAACUAUGACCUCACCUAUGCCUUCUACUCCAAAUUCCCAAGCUGAGGGUCCGCAGUGGCCCGCAGCACGGAUGGAAGUAACCCGUUCGUCGCUCGGUGCCUUUUGGGGCCUUCUCCCUUGCCCCACAUUAAAUUUCCCAUCCAGUGUAGUUGUAGUGUUAGCAAACAAUGUGGUGUAUUUUGUUGUAGUUCCCUUAAAUGCUCAUGUGUAACUAGUUUUAGUGUCACCUCUGGGGCUGCAGAUAUUUCCUGCGCCUCACAAAGCAGCCAUUGUAUGUCAUGGCAAGGCAAGGGGUGUUGGUGUUUGAAACUGUGUGGUUCAUGUUUUGCUGUUUCAAAUGUAUUUUUCUCUGUGGAAAGACGUUGGCUUGAUUGCUGGCAUACAAUGAUACUAUCACAUGCGGUCCUCUCUCUUCUCUUGUUGCUUUUAUCUGGUCUCAGUCCAAACCUCCUGUACAUGUGGUGGCGCAACAAGAUCUCUUGAGGUGCUUUGCCCUGGAACAGUAGCCUGAUGAAGUAAUGAUGUCAGCUGCAUGUCUCACCUAUGAGGGUGACACGCUGGCAACUCUGUGGCUCACUUUACUGGUUCCUUGGUUUGCCUAUUCUUCGUUGGUGAGCUGCAUUGCCACCUGCCCAAGGACAGUGGGUUGUUACCAGUUAAGUUCUGCUGUUCUACAUUGCAUUUUUUAAGUAUGUUUCUGAAACUUGUUUUCAGUUCAUUUCUUUGUCUUUGUAGUCUGGAAUUAAUUGAAAAGAAAUGAUGAAAUAUCAGUAGGUGGAGAGAGAAUUGCAGAAAUAGGAUGAUUUUUGUAGAAUACACAUGUUCCAUUCCAGUUCUGUUCCCUUUUUAUUGCUGGUGCACCGAGUUGUAUGGCAGUUUUGUUACUCUGUGCUGUACAUUCACACCUUUUCUUUACAGUUAUAAUUUGGAUAAGCAAUUUUGUUUAUUGAAGUAUUUUUUCUGCAUUUACUUUAUCAGUAGCAACACCUUGGUCUAAUUUCAAAAAAAAUUUGAAUUAACAGCAUUAGUAUAGCACUUUGUGCACAGUUUGUAUAUUUCCUAGCAUGAAGAUCAACUGAUAAUGAAUAAUGAAAAGUGAGAAAGAAAAAUAAAUAUAGUUGGUUUCGAGUGAAAGUGAGCUACAAAUAUAAUUUUCCCUUCAUAUUUUGGUUUGGUCAAGAUGUCAAACACCACUUUACGGAAAAGGUGUGUGUGUAAAAGGCCGAAAGGUUGAAUGUAGGUAGGUAGCGUUGACCAUGCCUGCCAAAAUAUAAUGAAACGUAAGAUGAUAGUAAUACAUUUAAAAAUAUUUUAUAGUAAUGCAGUUCUCUGUAUAUACUUAUCAUUACAAAUCCUUUUAGUCAAUUUCAGAACAAAUUGUAACAGGUGGGAGUACAUUUAUUUGUUCUGUUUUAGUAUGAGGUGUUUUUUUAAAGAGUAAUUUCUACAAUUUUUACUUUGCAGUAUUGAAAGGUCUGGGUUAAGCCAUGUUACUAAUAGAUUUUAGGGCCAUAAACAUAUUGAUCCACAAUAAUUAUGUGAUUGUCACUUUGUUUUGUAGGGGUGAGAGUAAGAUUCACCUGGCUCUAGUCUUUAAUUUUUUACAUUAGUUUAAUUGACAAGACACCGCAUUGGAGAUUCCAGACUUCAUAAUUUAAGUUUUCUUUGAAAUAUGAAGAUAAUGGCAAAUUUGCCAAUAGUUAGAAUCUGUCAAUCUGCAGCAGGCAAGUGUGAAUGAACUAGAGAAAUCACUAUCCACAUAAGGGUACAUGCAUGUUGCAACAAUACUUGCUCCAAAUAAAGGGCUGCUUUGUAUUGUAAUCAAAUAAUUCAGAAAGUUAUGCUAUGGGUCUACCAUGCAGGAUUAUUUGUAUUAGUAGCAAAGAUGAAAAUUAUGGCCACUGAAACCUGCAUAUAACAUGUUUAACCAAACCAGUACAAGGGUCCAAAAUCACAUAUCACACUCUUGUUGCAUAUACAGGCAAAAUGAAAUUGACCAAAAGAAUUUUUAUUAAAUGCCGUGGGAUAACUACACUGUUUGGCUGCUAAUAGAUUAACAUUCUUGACAAUGUUUUAAUGAUCAGAAAGUGUUCUUAUGCUUUGUAUGAGAUUCUGUGCUAAUGUGUGUUUCUUUGAAGGUAUAAAAGUUGAAACUUCAAUUUUACUAUUUUCAAUCAUAGCAGUAUAUGCAGUUUGUGUUUCAUUGACAGUUACAAAUACACACAGCUAACGAACAUAUAUUUUGCUUACUUUGUGCUCACAGUUUCAUUGCCAUACUGUAUGUAUUAAGGUAUUUGUAGGGGAAAUAUUUGUCUUUGGGUAAAAUUGAAGUUUCGUUGGUUUUUAUAUUUUAGUAUAUACCAAUUUUUUAUAUUAUAUGCAUUUUUUAUUUAAUGAUUUUAUAUGAGUGAGUUCCACAAGGAGUUAUCAUGAGAAGAUUCUCAUUGUCCCUCUCAUUGGUUUUAGUGAGCUGUGGCAUCAUCUCCCCUCCUGCAAUGUACUCGAUUACAUUUAUAUAAUCCAAAAUAUUAGGUGAAUUUGAUGUAACAGUAGAGUAAAUAAAAUAAUAAUACACUGUU